AGGACCAAGGUUCGAGGCAGUAGCCGCCCACAGCUGCACUCAGUCACACCCCUGAGUGUUCCCGGUGCCUCCAAUCCGGUGCCUCCAGUUCGCUGCGUCCUGUCCGGUGCGUCCCGCGGUGCGCUGCGUUCGGAUCCAAGCAGCUCUGCGGCCUGACGCGCUCAGUCUCUCCUGAAGUUUGUGCAUCUGGACGCGGUAAACUGCAGCAGCUCACGAUGAUCCCCAGGGCGGCUCAGAGCCUCCAGUCUCUGCGGAACAGCUGCGCUUUACCCGCAGCCGGGAAGCUGCUGUGGAGACGGUGGACGCGGCAGGGAGGAUUACCUGCAGCCAGCCGCGGCAUCCAUGUGGACUGUCCACCCAUCAUCCCCACUCUCACCAGCAGCUACGCCCACGGUACGUCGUCCACGCCGCUGCUGCAGGCCACAGUGGCAGAAACCCUGCUGAGGUCUGUGGAGCUCCAUCCGGACAAGGAGGCGAUGGUUUUUAUGGAGGACGGAGUCCGCAAGACGUUCGCAGAGUUUCAACAAGAUGUGGAUCAGGCUGCUGCCGGCCUGCUGGCUCUCGGACUGAAGAAGGGGGACCGGCUCGGUAUGUGGGGCCCCAACACCUAUGAAUGGGUUGUGUUCCAGUUCGCUACAGCCAAAGCUGGGAUUAUACUGGUGUCGGUGAAUCCAGCGUACCAGCUGCAGGAGGUGGAGUUUGCGUUGAAGAAGGUCGGCGUUAAAGCCAUAGUUUGCCCGACGCAGUUUAAGACUCAGAAAUACUGCGACAUGCUGAGGAAGAUCUGUCCAGAAAUAGAGAAGGCCAGUCCAGGAGACCUCAAGAGCGCCAGACUCCCAGACCUUCGCUCCGUCAUCGUUCUGGACAGCCGACAGCCGGGAAUGUUUCACCUGGAGGACGUGAUGCAGGCCGGCAGCAGCCAGUACGUGAAGCAGCUGCAGGAUUUACAGAAGACGCUGCAGUUCGACGACCCCAUAAACAUCCAGUUCACCUCGGGCACAACCGGGGCUCCGAAGGGCGCCACCUUAACGCACCACAACAUCGUCAACAACGCCUACUUUGUUGGGAGAAGAAUGGGAUACCACUGGAGGCCCAUCACCCGUGUCUGCGUUCCCGUCCCUCUGUACCACUGCUUCGGGUCGGUCGGUGCUGCCAUGUGUAUGGCCGUCCACGGGAUCUCCCUGGUCUUCCCCUCCACUGGCUACAAUGGACGGGCAAACUUAGUGGCUAUGGACAGUGAAAGGUGCACCAUCAUCUAUGGUACUCCCACCAUGUACGUCGACAUGCUCAGCCAGCCGGACUUCAACAAAUUUGACUUUUCAUCGGUGGUUGCAGGCUUUAUUGCUGGAUCUCCGUGUCCUUCAGAGCUGGCGAAGACCAUCAUCACUAAGAUGGGCAUCAAGGGGAUCACAAUUGGAUACGGAACCACAGAGAACAGUCCAGUGACCUUCUGUGGAUCUCCGCUGGACAACAUGGAGAGGAAGAGUGAGACGGUCGGCUACAUCAUGGAUCACUUAGAGGCUAAAGUGGUGAACCCGACCACCGGAGAGAUCGUCCCUGUGGGGAUGACCGGAGAACUCAUGAUCCGAGGAUACUGUGUGAUGCUGGAGUACUGGGCCGACGAGCCCAAAACUCAAGAAUGCAUCACCAAGAACGGCUGGUACAAGACCGGAGACAUCGCCAGUUUGGACGCCUACAGCUACUGUAAAAUCGAGGGCCGGAUUAAAGACAUGAUCAUCAGAGGAGGAGAAAACAUUUAUCCUGCAGAGAUUGAACAGUUUCUACACACACAUCAAAAAGUGAAGGAGGCUCAGGUGGUCGGCGUUCAGGAUCCUCGUAUGGGGGAGGAGAUCUGCGCCUGCAUCCGGCUGGCCGAUGGAGUCGACUGUACUGUAGAGGAAAUCAGAGAUUACUGCAAAGGACAGAUCUCUCACUUCAAGGUUCCUCGCUACGUUCUGUUUGUGAGCAGCUACCCGCUCACCGUCACUGGAAAGAUCCAGAAGCAUAAACUAAGAGAGGUGGCUGAGAAGCAGCUGCAGCUGAAGAAAUGAGAAUGAGGACUCCGUAUACGUAUGGAGAGAAUAUAGUUACUAUAUAUGAAAAUAUCUCGUAUGUAAAAACAAAGCCCAGUCAGGAUUCACACAACCGAACAUCAGAACAUCUGCAGACGGAACGUUUUCUGCAGAUGUGUGAUGGUUUGGGAGGUCGUGUGUCUCCUCCUGGAAGCAGCAGUUAAAGGGUUAACUGUCAACAAAUCACAUGAAAACACCAAAAAAUGGUUCAGACCAACGUUACACCGUCCUGCUGCUGUGAAUGCAACCUAAAACAACAAAUCUGCAGAAAAUAGUCCCCAACAGACACAGCGUUUACCAGUAACCAGACAUUAGAGGAAGCAAAUCUGAACUGUUGUAGCUUUUAAAAAUGAAAAAAUAAAAGAUUUUACAGAGUCAGGGGGAGGGGAAUAAUACUUAGAGGAAAAAAUGCAAAGUUAAGAGAGUAAAAGUGACAUUCUCUGUGAUUAAAGUCGUUAGAAAAUCUCCAAAUUUAAGAGAUAAAAUUCCCAAAAUUCUCUAAAAUUAAUGUGGUAAAUUCGAGGGGGGGGGGGAUCUAAUUUAGGAGAAAAAAAUGAUAUUCUCUGAGAUUAAAAGUCAGAAUUCUGUACAUUUAGAUUAUGCUGUAAACAUUUUUAAAAAAUAAUGAUCAGAUUAAAAUGAAAUAUUUACAAGAAAAAACUUUACAGUAAUUUGAGAAGAAAAACGUGGAUAUUCUCAGAUUACAAAGAGGUUAAGUUUCACAUUUAUGAGAAAUUAACGUGGAUAUUCUGAGGUUAAUAAAGAUUGAAGUGUUAAAAAACACACGUUUAAAAGAAAGAAACUCGGUAAAUUUACAACAAAACCUCAUAUUUUCGGACAGUAUCUCAGAUUAGUCACAAAAUGAGGAGAAAGUAUUAAACUAGUUUUAUAAAAUCCACUACAGACUUAAAACGUGAUAAUUACAAACAUACAACUUUACAACCUCAGACUUUUUAUAAUUUUUAAACCUACAACAGCUCCAGUUCACUGUUAUGUCUGUUUUUAUUGAAAUGAAAUAUUUGUUUUUAUGAGAAAUCAGUUGGUUUAUAUUUAAGGACCGACUAACGCAACGCUAAUUUUAGUCAUUUCUUUUUCUUUUUUUUUCAAAUAUUUUUUUAAGUCAUAAUUUUAGUCAUUUCUGUCUAGUCACAGUGAGGAUUUUUAAAAUAUUUUGAUUUCUAUAAAAAAAAUAAUUCUGCAAACGUCUUUUCUUUCAUGUAUCGGCAGAAAAAAACAGCUAAAAAUGACUUUUAAAGGGCCCCAUGAAGAAGAGGAAACUCUGAGCCUUUUUAAAAUGAAAAUUUCUGACGCUGAUUUUCGUGUUUUCAUGAGAUUUGUUCACUUUGCCGCUCUGUACUUUUUAUUAUCCAGCAGAAAGCUUUAAAAAUAUGAGGUUUUUUUAUAUCAACUUGAAAUAAACUCUUUUCAUUGUUCAAACCA